GUGAAGCGUACGCGCAUACAGAACUUUGCUGCUCAAAACGUGAAGAAAAAGCUACCAGCCUCGCAGAAAGCCAAGGCAAACGCGGAAAGCUUGAGAGAUAUGUUUGCACGUAUGUUGGUAGUCGCUUCAGACAAGACCGAAUUAGACGUUCGGAAGAUCAUCUCCUACCCAAUUACGACCUACCCUCUGUCACUUGCACACUGUGAUGGGACGCAUAUGAAAACCGAGAAAUCAGCAUUGCUAAGAAAGCUAGAGUCCUUUCAGACGGAAACGAUCACAGAAACCCAGUUGCCAAUGAGUUAUGCACAAAUCUAUGAUGGAGGACUUCUUCUUCAUUCCAUACUCUCGCUAACAGCUGUGGGUGCAUCGUAUGCUUCAAUUGCUCGAACCAUGCUGUCAUUGGUAUGUUCAGGGAGGGCUCACGAAGUACAUGUUUGCUUUGAUAAGUACGUGGAGAACUCCAUAAAGGACAGUGAGAGAAGACAGCGUGGUGCAGUUGACACAGCAUACACAAUAACCGGUCCAGACCAGAAGAUCAGGUUAAGCGGAAAGAAGCUUCUCACGAAUGGAACAUUCAAGAACGAACUCGCAAAGUUUCUCUUGAAGGAGUGGAAGAAAACUAACUACCAGCAAACAUUUGGAGGAAAGACGUUGUUUGUAUCACACGGAGGCGAGUGUUUACAGUACGUACCAGACGAGCAGCAAGGUAUUACUGUUAGCAGACCAUCAUACCUACAAGGCGAUCAUGAAGAAGCAGAUACGCUGAUUGCCUUCCAUGUGGCAAAUGUUUCUGAAGCCGAAAAUGUUGUUGUGAGGGCAUCCGACACUGAUGUCUUAGUGAUUCUCAUUGGUGCGAUUGGGCGGCAAAAUGAAGAAGACAGCUCUUUACCUGACAUCAUAAUGGAUUGUGGCAUUGGAAACAGUCGGAGGUAUAUUAACGUGACCAACAUUGCAGAAAUCCUUGAAGAACACAAACCUGGUCUUGCUAGCGCACUGCCCGGAUAUCAUGCUUUUACUGGAUGUGAUUUUACGUCAGCUUUUUAUAGGUAAGCACCUAAAUUAUUGGUUAUUUCACUUUUGGUAAAAUAUCUGUUAAAUAUUAUACAAACCAACCGAACUACAUUAAGAUAGAGAAAAAUAUGCAUUAUGAUAAAUAAAUGCAUUGGUCGAUAACAAUUGAGACCAACAUGAAUGUUUAACUCAAUUUUUUUAUUUGACUUUUCAGGAAAGGCAAAAGUAAACCUCUGUCCAUAAUUGAAAAUGACCAAUCAGGCUCCUACGUUAACCUCUUUAUUGAUAUGGGUGACCGGAAUAGUGAUGUUGACCUGCACAUCGCAUCAGAAUUUGUAUGUCGUAUAUAUGCUGUAACCAAGACAAAAGAUGUCAAUGAAGCCCGAUACCAGAAACUCAUACAAAUGACUGGCAAAGUUGAUCAGGUAAUCAUGGUCAAAGGACAAAAAAUAUAACUUAUAAAAGUUUGAUGAUGCCCUUCGUAUUUGUCUAUUUUGACAUGCAAACAAUAAAUUUGUCAAGAAAAUCAUACUCAUAAACAAUGUAAACCUAGCUAUUCCAGAAGCUUUCUCUCAUGUCAUUCAUUCACUUUUAGAAUGAUCCGCUGGCAAAUAUCAAACGGAUAGACUGUUCUUUGCUGCCACCUUCCUUGCCAGCCCUUAUGAUGAAAAUUCGGCGAACGCAAUAUGUCACAGCAAUGUGGACAAGAGCUGUUACCAACUGUCCAGCGGACGAUUUGUCACCAACAGAUUAUGGGUGGUAUGUUGAUAACACCCUCCUAAAGCCAACCUGGUUUGAAGGCCCUGCCAUACCAGAUAGUUUGUUUACAGAAAACAGCACGCAAAACAUGGAAAGUGAAGACGACAGUGACACUGAAUCAGAAGCUGACGAUGAGCUAGAGAGUCUGUCAGAUGUAGACAUAUGGAGCGAAUAUACAGAUUCGGGAGAGGAAGACGACGAUUGAUUGCUAUUGACAUUAGUUUCGUUGGCCACAAUAUUCGUACUUAAUUUCUAGAAUAUUUGACACGUUUGAGCCUGAUGUUAUUCAUAAUGUAAUAUUUCCGAGUACAUACUCAUUAAUAAUUAAUGAGGCUAAUUAAUGCUAGGUAGUCUGAGGACUGGAUCCGAAUUAUUCACUACACUUGUAUUUCAGUAGGUAUUCACUAUCAUCAUUUGGCCCAAAUAGAGUAGGUAAUUUCCUCAUGAAUUAUUAAUGAGUAUGGGAUUGUUAUAUAUACGUUAUUUGGCACGCAAAGAGUAGGCUGGGAGGCCACCACUCAAAAUGUCUGGCAGUGGCCAUCUUGGUAUAAUACUGAACAUUUUGCACUAAGUUUCAUCGGGUUUAUCUAGCUCAUUUUGGGGGUUCAGUAGAUUCAAGGACGUCUGGCGGACCCACCCUCCUGAUAAAAUUGUCUGUCAGUGGUCAUUUAUGGCUCCUGACACUAUCCUGAACAUUUUGCACUAAGUUUCGUCGGGUUUCCUCACCAGCUGAUCUAGCUCAAUUUUGAGAGUCAGCAUUCGAGGACGUCUGGCAAACCCACCCCCCUGAUUAAAAUGUCUGUCAGUGGUCAUUUAUGACUCCUGGCACUACGCUGAACAUUUUGCACUUACUUCCGUCGGGUUUCCUCGCCAGCUGAUCUAGCUCAAUUUUGGGGUCAGCAUUCAAGAACGUCUGGCGAACCCACCCCCCUGAUGAAAUUGUCUGUCAGUGGUCAUUUAUGGCUCCUGGCACUAUGCUGAACAUUUUGCACUAAGUUUUGUUGGGUUACAUCACCAGCUGAUCUAGCUCAUUUUGCGGCUUAGUUUCUCACUCCCCCCUGACCACAUCCACCAGUGUGUGUCCGGCAGACGUCCAUUUUCUUAGAUCACUAGGUACAUAGACCAAUGCAGUAUGCAUAAAAAUUGGUAACCUUUUCAGCUAAGCUCACACCUCUGGGCUCCCGGUCUAAUA